AUGUCUGCAUCACGUGUUUUGAAACCAAGGCUCUUCAAGUCUAUGAAUUACAUUUUGGACAAUCGGAUUGUGUUUCCAUCGAAUUUAAAGAGAAUCACAGCAAUUUAUAAUUCAUACGGAGGAGUGGAAAAUACUAUUUCAAGAAAUGUUGUUGUUAAACAAUUCCCAGCCAUUGAACACUUCAACCAACAAACUGAAUGCAAGAAAAUUGUAGUACAUAGAACAUCAGCGAAUGCCAAAUUUGUUAUUGAGUUGGAUGAUGGCACACAAGGUCUGAUUAGAGUAACAGACAAGGAUACGGAACAAACCAUUAUUGACCGCAUCAAACAAACAGCAAUGAAUUUAACAGAAACUCAAUAUGAACCCGAACUGGCUAUCUUCAUCAAAGAUUUCGAAAGAAAAGUCCAACAGUAUCAGAACAAGGAGUAA